GCUUACAGCAUUCAGAUACUGACCACCGUCGCGUACGCACGUUGCUGCGAAGACGAAAACGCGCUAUUUAUAACUGACUCGUUCUUGCCAAUACAAAGGCCGUUUUUGUUAAAGCACGCGGAUCGACUUGUCGGAGAAAAUGAGCGGCAAUUUCCUAACGAUACCCGGAGAUGAUGCUAUUCAGAGACGAUCAAGGAGCUCGUCGCUUACGGACUUGAUAUCCGCCUUCGACACAAAAGCACAGGCUCACACCGAGCUUCAGAAAGUAACAGCCUUCAGCGGACAAUUCGACAAGAACCACAAGCCUACAUUCUCAAAAGACGAAUAUGGAAAACCUAUACCGGGUUCGAUGACCGAAUACAGAGGCGCAGAAGCACAAGCCAGAGUAUGUACAGAAAUGAAGGAGCUUUGUGAAAUCAUCAACGAAUACGGAAAGACCCCAUGCAAGAGUUUAUUACCGCCUGAAUUACAAGACGCCACCAAAGUUAUAUCAUUUGGAGAAUUAUUUACUAUAUACACGGUGAUAUCGGACAAACUGGUUGGGAUACUUCUGAGAACGCGGAAACAUCAGCUAACGUUCUUCGAAGGAGAAGUAUUGUUUCAGAAACGUGACGAUGAUGUUCCGGUUUUCCUGAUGCAACCCAUCGACGAUAUAAGAACGUAUUGCAACAACAAAGCGCUUCAGGCCAGAAGAUCGGUGUCGCCUAUGCCCAAUUAAAGCGGAAAAAAAAAUUGAAAUAAUCUUUAGGAUUGCCGUGAAACAUUUAUAAUUGUAAAACUUAAAACUAAUUACGUUAACCCGAUAAGUGUGUUAUUAUGAAUACGUUUUCAAGUACUUAAUUAACUUUCAAUACUAUUACGAUUGUACAUAAUAGUAAUAUAAUGUUUGAAAAAAAAGUCUUACUGGCUCUAGGCUCUUUAGUCGAUUAGUUAUUGCUGCUAGACCGAAACAUCGAGAGAAAACAUUAAACAAUAUUUAAUGAUCAUUUUCUUAAUACCACAUAUUUAAUUGGAACUUCGUGAUCUUGAAAAUAUGAAAUACCGUACAUAAUUAUUAUUUGCUCAAAACAACAAAUCGUAUUAAGUUCAAGAACCUCUUUGUUCACGAAACUGGGCGAUAAUUUAUUGUCUAUUCCCAUUGUUUAUUCCAAAAUUUGAAUAUUGUUAUUUCAAUAGUGUAUCAGUCAUACAACAUAAAUGUGUGUGUAUCUAUUCCUUUUUUUUUUUUUUUUUUUAAUUCAAUGAUUUUUAUUUAUUAUAAAAAAAAGAACACAAUAUUCCUAACCUAAAAGUACAUGUUAUUAUCCGCAACAUGCUUCGUCAGAUUACAGAAAUAAAGUUAUCAGCAACAUGCUUCGUCAAAAAGUACAAUACUUACUUUCAGCUGCAAGCGUCGUCAUAAGUAACAUAAAGGUCCACGCUAACAGCAAUCUAUUUAUGUGUAACAGGAAGUAAGCUAAAAUAUUCCUAAGAAUCUUAAGGUGUCUUUCGUGACUACAGAAAACAGAUGAAAAUGCGCUGUUAGAAUUUCGGUCAACAAUUAAAUACUUUGGUCAAAUUAUGGUAGGACCUCGUGUGAGUCCGCACGGGUAGGUACCACGGCCCUGCCUAUUUCUGCCGUGAAGCAGUAAUGCGUUUCGGUCUGAAGGGUAGGGCAGCCGUUGUAACUAAACUGAGAUCUUAGAAUUUAUAUCUCAAGGUGGCUGGCGCAUUUACGUGGUAGAUGUCUAUGGGCUCUAACUAAGCAAUAAAAUAAAAAAUCUUAGAACAACUUUAAAUGCCACAAUAAACCAAUACUUUUUUAAUUCUAUAGACGAGUGAACAAGUUCACGGCCAGCUUAAUGCUAAGUGAUUGCCGGAGUCCAUAAACAUCUCAAACGUGAAUGAAGAGCUACAUUGAGAUAUGAGACUUAAGUCUCAAUUAGUUUCAAUCUCAAUCAGUUUCAAAUGUGUAAUACCCAAAUUAUUGUGAAUAAAAUCUUUCUAUCGAAUUUUAAAUAUUUGUGAAAUGUAUUUUCAUAAAUAAUGGGCAUGUCUUGCUUUUAAUUAAGGAAGUUGCAAAUUUGAGCCUUUUUCAACUUGUCCCGAAAGUCCCUUUAUGUUCGUAGUCGUGAGCUGAUAAGAUGUUUCAAAAUCAAUCUCUCGUGAAAAUUGUUGUUUCGAAGUACAUUAGUAUUAGUUUUGCAUAGGUUAGUCGUUAGAAAUAUAAUGAAAAGAAGGGACCUUUUAUUAGUUUCGUUACUAAUUGUUUUUCUUUUCCCAUCGGACUCGCAUAGUAACUAUCUAUUAUGGCGGUUUCCUAUUACUCCGGUUCUAUAUUAAACCGGAAACGCUUUUACGAAAAUCGUUCUUUAUUUAUGUAUGUUAACGAACCAACCGGAGGUCUUUUCCGAACUAACUGUAUAAACAACGCCCAAUCAAACCGUUAAUGUAUCGAUCCUAUUUCAUAUUAAAACAAAUAUGGAUAACUCGUGUGAAUAAAUCGUUCCAGUAAAAGAAUACUAAAAUACAUUUUCCUUCAAAAAAAAAAAAAAACUACUGUAUUUGAAUGCAAGCGCGUAAUGUAGUAAGUACAAAUUUUAAUCGAGCGGAGUUCCGGAUUUCUUGCUGCCUUUUGUAUUGCUUUACAUUACGGACUUAGUAUUACGAACACAAUCACUGAAAUUUCCAGUUUUGGAAUAUAUGUAUUUAUUAUACAUUUCUCUUUUGUAUUAUCAUUUACAUUAUUACUUGUAUACGUUGGAAGAGCAAUGUGUCCUAAUAUUUUUUAUGAUUCAUUAAGGAUCGUCAGUAGCUACUGAACAAAAAAAAAAUAGAAGAAAUAGUUAACAACAGUAAACAGUUAACAAAUAGGCAAAAACAAAUCAAACUGUUUUAUUUUUGCCUAUUUAUAUAAAUAACUAAAAAAAGAAUAUCUAUUUCUCAAUAAUAUUGAAAUUUUACAUUAAAUUUAGGGCUUCAAAAACAGCUACCUCACCAUACCUAUUUAAAAUCAUGGUUUGAGAUCUGAAUUUUCGGAUCAUUGUACUUCUCUAGUCUUACUAGUCAAAACCCUAAAUUAAUUUUAAGUCGUUAUUAUGUUAUAAAGGGAAAGUUAAUAGAUAAAUAUCGAAAUUUCCUUUAGGACUAAAUCUUUUGAAAUUUAGUUACCCACAUAAGUUUCUUAAUCUUUUAGAUUAGCUAUUGUGUCAUGAUGAAAAGAUGGAUAACAAAAUUGGUUAGUUUUCAAAUUGAUUAAGAGAAUGCGAUAAGUCUUACUAAAUUCAAGAACUUGACGCACCUAGAUACAACAUAUUUUAUUAAUUUGUACUUUUUAUUACCACUUUUAUACAAUUUUACAUAACUGUCUCAAGAAGCUUCAAGAAAUAAAUAGAAAUUAACAAACUAAGGUCAUAUUACGUUGUCUACGUUUACUUUGUUUUUAUUGAUGUAGGUAUUCAAAUACAUUUUUGUGAAUUGAU